AUGGCGGUCACAGUAAGUCGGGCUACAUCCGCUGAUGCACCCACCUUGAUGGGGAUGAUAAGGGAACUGGCAGAGUUUGAGAAGAUGCCGGCAGCAGUCAAGGUAAGGAUUAUGCAUGUCUGCUUCCAGAUCGACGAAUCUCGCCUAGCCACCGAUCUUGACAACAAUGCGGUAGGCGGGUUUAUCUUGCGAGAAGAUGAUGAACCUGCAGCAAUGCUACUUUUCUACUUCGCUUAUUCAACAUGGGAAGGGCAAUUUAUCCAUAUGGAAGAUUUGUAUGUGAGACCAGCAUUUCGUCGAAAAGGCUAUGGACAAAUGUUGUGGCGAGAACUCGGCAUAUUAGCUAAGGAAUUA